CCUGUAGGUACUAAAUCUGUAGUUGGCAUAGCACUAUCCACCCCACUAUAACGUGCCGAAGCACGCUAACCUUAGGUACCUAUUUGUAGAACUACCCCAGUACGUAAUGCAGUCCAGUCCCUCGUGGCCGCGCGAACGGUCGUCAUUCCCACCCAGGUAACGCUGCGCAUGACCAUGCCUCGUGAGCUUCAUUUCUUUCCCUUUAUAUACUUCAAUAUAAGUGCGUAGGUUGCAUAGUGCUUCCAUUGAUUGAGCUAUGCGCCACGCAACUCGCUCGCCAGCCUCAUCGUCAGGGUUGCUGCCGAUGCCCGGGUCUCCCUCCGCCUCCUGGGCCCUCUACAAGGCUCGCCUGGCCUCGGUCCUGCACAGUUCCGAUGUCCUUGUUCUCGUCGCAUUCUGGCUCUUCGGGCUGAUCAAUAAUGUCCUCUACGUCGUCAUCCUCUCCGCCGCUCAGGACCUCGUCGGCCCUGAAGUACCCAAAGGCUUGGUCCUCCUCGCCAACAUCCUGCCUUCUUUCUCGAUUAAGCUGGUUGGGCCUUAUUUCAUCCACAAGGUGCCUUAUUCGAUACGCAUCAUCGUCUUCGCCGCUGUCUCGUCCGUCGGCAUGUUCAUGAUCGCAUUCGCACCUGCUGACGAAUCCGUCGCUGUUAAAAUGGUUGGAGUCAUGCUCGCAAGCUUGUCUAGCGGAGGUGGUGAACUGAGCUUUCUGGGCUUGACGCAUUACUACGGUCACAUCAGUCUCGCGGCGUGGGGCAGUGGCACCGGUGCGGCUGGGUUAGUUGGGGCCGGUCUCUAUGUUUUGCUGACCGACUGGCUUGGUUUCAGCGUCAAGAAUAGCCUUUUGGCCUCCGCCUAUCUCCCUGUCGUCAUGCUGAUAAGCUUCUUUCUCGUGCUUCCGAGACAGCCCCUGCGAGAUGCCGCGAAAGCCCGGGAAUACCAACCCCUUCAAGACUCGGAUGAGCCUGAUUCGCGAAUUGCUCAUGACGUACCGACGGCCAAUGCUGCCUCCAGCCUUCUCACCCCUAGCUCUCACGCUGCUUCUGGCAGUGGAGAGGAUACGUGGUCGAAGAUUGUCGCUAAUCUGGGCCGAGCCAAGUCUCUAUUCUUCCCUUACAUGCUUCCAUUAUUCCUAGUCUAUAUUGCUGAAUACAUUAUCAACCAGGGCGUAUCACCGACAUUGCUAUUCCCACUAGAAUCGACGCCGUUCAACGAGCUACGGGAUUUUUAUCCCAUGUAUGGCUUCCUCUAUCAAAUCGGCGUGUUCGUAUCCCGCUCGUCUAUCGCGUUUGUUCGAGUUCACCAUCUAUAUCUCGCGUCGUUGCUCCAGGUCGGAAAUCUAGUGCUAUUAACGCUGCAUUCAUUGUUCAACUUCAUCCCUAGUGUUUAUGUCGUGUUCGUCAUCGUCUUCUGGGAAGGACUGCUGGGAGGCGGUGUGUAUGUGAACACGUUUGCCGAAAUCAUGGAAAACGUACCCUUUGAGGAGAGGGAGUUCAGCUUGGGCGCCACGAGCGUGAGUGAUAGUGCGGGUAUCUGCAUCGCGGGCUUUGUGAGCAUGGCUAUGGAAGUCUGGCUCUGUAAUUACCAGGUUCAGCACGGCAGGGAUUGGUGUAAGAGAAUCAGGGUAGGAUGAAAAUACCAAUGUUUUGGCUAGAAAUCCAUGGUGAAAUUUAGGUUGCCAGGUUAGAAAGCCAGCCUCGUUGCAUAUGCUCAUUGUGAUAUGACUACAAUUAGAAGCGGAC